ACUUAAACAUAGUAAUGAAUGUGUAACACACCUUGAUUUAAACACACCACCCUUCGGGUCUAAAUCAGAACCAAAAAUAUUUAAUUCAAAGUGAAAAUAUUUGGAUUUACCAUGAUUUUUCGCUGGGUGCACCCAUCCACCACCCAUCGAUGUCGUCUCCCAAAGCGAUAAGUCAACAAAUCGAUGCUGUUGUUUACUCGUCUGGACUUAAAAAGACUGAACCUAUACCGACAUGUACACAGAAGAUUUCAAUUUUCUAUUUUCGUCACUCCAUUUGAUGGAGAAAUCUGCAGAUCCCUUGAUCUUCAAAUGCAAAUCUAACCUUGUCGCGACCGCGAAUAGUUUUAUUAGCCAGAAAAGAUAUAGUAUGACUGAUAAGACCAGACUAUCUAGUGCAUUUAAGUGGUGUGUUGCAAGGGAUUACGCCUGGCCAGGCCAAAACAUAUAUAUUAUUAAAUGGAAAACUUGGCUGAACUUGAAACGCUUGAUCAUGUUUGGCAUUCAUGCGCUUAUCACGACAAACGGCUGGCGUUUUACGUGAUUAUUGUUGUUUGAUAGUUGCCUUGCUGUGCCUUAGCCGGAAUCUGCAAUAACAGUUUCGCAUCGGGCGCACAAAUUAGUCAGCUCCGGCGGGACAUUAGUUGCAUCGGUGCAUUCAAUCCAAUUCAAACCGAUCCGGUCGGCGAUUAGGAAUAGUGAGAUGAUAACCCAAGUGGAGGUCGCUAUAUUACGUUGGCAUAUUUGUAGUUGCGGUCUAUGGCUAUUAAGCCGUUUGACGUGAUUAAACUGACGCAGAAAAAGCUUUGUGAUGCAAGCAGAUUGCUUGAGAAAAAUAAAACCGUUUUUAACGGUCGACAAAAUGGCAUGGCUGCCAGACUGUUAAAAUCUCUGCAAAGAUCGAUAGCAUGGAGGUGCCAUCGCUAAUCUCGAGUGUGACCGUUCACUCCCUUAUUUGUUUAUGUUUUGCUUUGCCCAGAAAUGGAUCCCUCAAUUAUUGAAUUUAUUGGCGAAAAGUGCAUGAUCAGCAUUAUUCCAAACUUCUCCAACGAACCCCUGCAUCUUAUCUACGGAUCUGUGGGUCCUUUUCGAGCCGGUUUUCCCGUCUUUGUGCCCUUGUGGAUGGCCACGCAUCUGCGCAAGCAACAAAAGUGCCGGAUUGUGCCGCCAGAAUGGAUGGAUAUGGAUAUAUUGGAGGAAAUCAAGGAGGAGGAGAAGCGUUCAAAAUUCUUUACAAAAAUGCCGUGCGAGCAUUAUAUGGUGGUGGCCCAGUUGGUCAUGAGCACGGCACCGGAUGAUGUUCCACGUUGCGAGGAGUUGCGCACUGUGAUUAAGGACAUCUUUGACAUAAGGGAAUCCAAACUGCGCACUUCGAUAGAUGCAUUUAUUAAAGGUGAAGGCACCUAUGCAAAACUGGAUAAUUUGACGCUCCUGGAGAUUCAUAGUGUUCGGCCCAUCCUGCCCUAUUCCCUGGACCACAUAGCUCGCUAUCAGAGAACUGCUACAGCCUCACAGAGGGACACCUCCAUGCUGAGUGCCUCCAUGGCGGGGUCUAGUUCCGGUCCCAAUAGUAACUCGCUGUUUUCGCAGUGAUUGAACCUUCUAGAUUAUUGAAAAUCAUUGUAGAACUGUUUUGAGAUAAAUAGAUAUGUAAGCAAAGUGCUGAAGAUUUUCAUUUCCUGCUACGGUGAAAGAAAUAAGGAGUAAUUUAACUAAUUUUGUCCUAAAAUGUUUAGAAAUUUACGGAUUGAUAUUAUAUCAAAGAAAGUUGCAUAAAAUUA